AAAUACUCAUAACCUCCUAUACUUUGACCCGUGCACUGAAGGCCAUUAGAGGUCACAUGCCCAUCCCAUUCGAUGCUAGUCAAAUUUUGGAAACUUGACAACUCUUAUCUUAUCGUCCCCCCGGUCAUAGCUUCCACCAAUUGUAGCCAAGGAACCAAUUGUUUGUAAACACAAUGUAACAAAACAACAGCAUCAGCAACCUUACUCACCAUCUCUUCAUCCCAUAUACACUUGAACAACCAUGUCGUCCGAAAUAGCUGCUCCAACCGAUGCCGAACUUCUUGAUCAAGAGAUUAUAACGCUUAAAGAACAAGGUUAGUCGUCAUAUACUUACAAUGGCGCAUUCAAAACAUGAUCUAAUGCAUACAAAAGCUGCUGCUCUGCGCAAGUCGCUCAAAAUCGAAACAUCAACAAUUCUUGCUGCGCCCUCGACACAAGCUUUUCUCAAACCAUCAAAGAGCUUUCUAUCGUCUCGAAAUACCCCUUCCCGUACGAAACUACUCAGCGAAGCCGACAAACAAAAAGCAUACAACCAGCAAUGUCUGUAUCGCAUAGGCAGCUCUGUCACUGCUUUCAAGGUCCAAGACCCUGAUCCCAACGCAGUUGACGGUGGACAUGUCCUUGGCUUGCGCUUCGAAGUCAUGUCGAAGAGCCAGUUCGUGCUCCCUUACUAUGUCAUGCUUAACAGACCAUACUUCAAUUCCAAAUACCUGCGCAUUCAUCGAAAUACUCUGCCUUCUGCGAUACCCAUAGCUGGCUUGGCAGCCCGUUAUCUUCCGGCGCCACGGCCUGAGAGUGACAGGUCUCCCCAACAGAACCUGGAUCGCUUUGUCAGAGCGCUUCGAAGAGAAAUUGUGCGAUAUCACAACCGGCUUGGUGUUUCUGCGGACCUGCGGCGAAGCCUUGGAUUGCACGAUAGGAUGGACGAUACGGUUCUGCCUGAUGACAUUGUCGAGGUUGGAAUAGCUGAUAUCGAGGCCAAACAGAUUCGCUUUUCUUGGGCUGAUGAUCGAAGUGGCAGAGUCGUUAUGGAUAAUGACGGCAGGGUCGUCAAGCUUGUAAUGUUCGGUAGAGAAGGCCGUGAUUGGGAGACAACGAAGGAGCUCUAUGGAAAGUAUGAGCGAAUCGAAGAUGUGGUCAAGACCCUCCAGGCAUAUGUCAAUGGUUGAGGUCCACGAUCAACGGCAAGUCAUCUUGGACAUCAACAAGCUUUUGGUGUGACGCACAGAGCUCCCCAUCGACGGGCCUUCA